AUGGGCUCUACCGAGGGAAUGCAUGGCCUGGAUGGAACGAAACCCUAUAAAUGCCUGGAGUGUGGACAGAGCUUUGCUGAUAGUUCAACUCUACGUAAACAUCAAAGGACUCACACUGGGGAGAAACCCUAUAAAUGCCUGGAGUGUGGACAGAGCUUCACUCAGAAGGGAAACUUGUAUACACAUCAAAGGACUCACACUGGGGAGAAACCCUAUAACUGCCUGGAGUGUGGACAGAGCUUCACUCAGAAGGGAAACUUAUAUACACAUCAAAGAACUCACACCUGGGAGAAACCCUAUAACUGCCUGGAGUGUGGACAGAGCUUUGCUCAUAGUUCAGCUCUACGUAGACAUCAAAGGAUUCACACUGGGGAGAAACCCUAUAACUGCCUGGAGUGUGGACAGAGCUUUGCUCAUAGUUCAGCUCUACGUAGACAUCAAAGGAUUCACACUGGGGAGAAAACCUAUAACUGCCUGGAGUGUGGACAGAGCUUUGCUCAUAGUUCAGCUCUACGUAGACAUCAAAGGACUCACACUGGGGAGAAACCCUAUAACUGCCUGGAGUGUGGACAGAGGUUUACACAGAAGGGACACUUACAUUCACAUCAAAGGACUCACACUGGGGAGAAGCCCUUUAACUGCCUGGAGUGUGGACAAAGCUUCACUCGUAGUUCAGACCUAUGUAGACAUCAAAGGACUCACACUGGGGAGAAACCUUAUGACUGCCUGGAGUGUGGACAGAGGUUUACUCAGAAGGGAAACUUACAUUCACAUCAAAGGACUCACACUGGGGAGAAACCCUUUAACUGCCUGGAGUGUGGACAAAGCUUCACUCAUAGUUCAGGCCUACGUAGACAUCAAAGGACUCACACUGGGGAGAAACCCUUUAACUGCCUGGAGUGUGGACAGAGCUUUACUCAAAAGGGACACUUACAUUCACAUCAAAGGAUUCACACUGGGGAGAAACCCUAUACAUGCCUUGAUUGUGGACAGAGCUUCACUCAUAGUUCAAAUCUACACUCACAUCAAAAGACUCACACUGGGGAGAAACCUUAUAAAUGCCUGGAGUGUGGACAGAGCUUCUCUCAGAGUUCAAGUCUACGUUCACAUCAAAGGACUCACACUGGGGAGAAACCUUAUGACUGCCUGGAGUGUGGACAGAGGUUUACUCAGAAGGGACACUUACAUUCACAUCAAAGGACUCACAUUGGGGAGAAACCCUUUAACUGCCUGGAGUGUGGACAAAGCUUCACUCAUAGUUCAGGCCUACGUAGACAUCAAAGGACUCACACUGGGGAGAAACCCUUUAACUGCCUGGAGUGUGGACAGAGCUUUACUCAAAAGGGACACUUACAUUCACAUCAAAGGAUUCACACUGGGGAGAAACCCUAUACAUGCCUUGAUUGUGGACAGAGCUUCACUCAUAGUUCAAAUCUACACUCACAUCAAAAGACUCACACUGGGGAGAAACCUUAUAAAUGCCUGGAGUGUGGACAGAGCUUCUCUCAGAGUUCAAGUCUACGUUCACAUCAAAGGACUCACACUGGGGAGAAAUCUUAUAAAUGCCUGGAGUGCGGACUGAGCUUUCCUCAGAGUGGAAAUUUACGUUCACAUCAAAGAACUCACACUGGGGAAAAACCAUAGAAAUGCAUGGAGUGUGGACUGAGCUUUUCACGGAAUAAGGUUAUACAUAGACAUCAUAGAAUUCAACCUAGAGGGAAUGAUGUUAAUUGACCCCAGAGUGUCAUUCUAACAUAUACAAAAGCAACUCUUGCACAUUUUGGAAAUUCAAGCUCAAAGUUGGGACAUUUCAUCACAUGUGGUGUAUUGUAGAAAGAUUGAACUAAAAUAUGUUCCAUUCUGGAAGGAAACAAG